AUGGCUUCUUUUUCUUCUCACAAUGGAAUCAACAACGAACUAUACAAGGAGCUAUGGAUGGCUUGUGCAGGCCCUUUGGUUGAUAUCCCUGUUCAGGGACAGAGAUUGCAGCUAGAGGAUUCAGUAAGUCAUAAACUCACUGGUCAGCAGAUCUCAGAACUCGACCUGCCACACAAGAUGCUUUGUCAAGUCGUCGAUUCUAGUUUAAAGGUUGAUUCAGAUUCUGAUGAAGUCUUUGCCAUCAUCAAAUUACAUCCAUUUCAAGAAAUGGUAUUUGAGGGCGCUGACGACAACCAUCAACUAUUACAAGAGGCAAAGCCAUCUUUUCGCGCUUUUUCUAAGAUCCUAACCAUCUCGGACACCAAUAUGCACACUGGAUUAUCAGUGCCCAAAAUGCUUGCACAAAAUUGUUUUCCUUCAUUGGACUUGUCACAACCGCAACCAAACCAAGAGUUGAUUGCAAAGGACCUCCAUGGACACGCAUGGCAUUUUACACAUGUUUAUAGAGUAAGCACCCAAAGGCAUGUUAUCACCGGUGGUUGGAACGCAUUCGUGGUUUCAAAGAGACUAGUAGCGGGAGAUGCUUUAAUUUUUGUGAGACAUUCGAAUAACGAGUUGGGUAUCGGGAUUAGACGAUAUCGGCAACAAAUUCCCUCGAGUUCUUCGAUCCUAUCAAGGGAAAGCAUGCACCAGGGGGUCCUUGCUAGCGUUUCGCACGCUCUUUAUACAAAUAAGGAGUUUGUGAUCUACUACAACCCGAGAUACACAGGCGUUAUCGUUGAAGAAACCGACAUUUCUGAAGAUUGGCCAGGUUCUACUUGGCGCUCGAUAAAGUUGUCCAAUAGGAUGUCUCGAUGGCAACUUGAGCCUAUUCAAGAUGGCAGAUCGGAUGUUAGCGAACUGGACACAGGAUCACUGUCGUCAAGGCACAAGAGGUUGCGAACAUGUGAUCAUGGUCUAAUGAAUCAUCGUGCUAACGCCAAUUUGGGUGACUCGGUGAACCCGUUGCAUUUUCAUGCCAUCCUUUCGUCAUCAACUGACUUAAUUGAUAAAGGAAAAGAAUGCGAGAAUCCACAAGUGUUAAGAUUGUUUGGCGUAAAUAUAGAGUUGGUCUUCCCGAAUUCUAGCGAUCGUGUAAUUUUGCAAAUGGAAGGGAACGUGUUGGUUCAAACGAUAGACGUGCGCUCGUUGGGAGGAUAUGAAGCGCUUAAAAACGAGUUAGAGAAGAUUUUCAAGAUCGAAAGCGAGCUUCAUCAUGGCGGCGAGAAAUGGGAAGUUGUAUAUGAAGAUGGUGAGGGUGAUUUAAUGCUUUUGGGUGACAAACCAUGGCGGGAAUUUUGCAAGAUAGUGAAGAAGAUGAUGAUAAGGGGAAGUGAUCAUCAAGUGAAGAAGAUGAUUGGUCUUGGAUUCAAGCUUUAUUUGUUAUAA